CCCAGCCCCCACCCGGAGACGGUGCGCCGAGGCGACGGGACCCUCGCACCGCACUGCAGGCAAAGGGCUCGCAAUGGGCAGCGCAGUGGCAGACCUGGUGUACUGGCGGGACACCCGCACCUCGGCGCUCGUCUUCACCGGCAUCAUGGUGACUCUGUUGAGCCUGCUGCACUUCAGCAUCGUCAGCGUGGGCUCCUACGGCGCCCUGGCCGUGCUGGGAAUCACCAUCACGCUGCGGCUGGGCCGCAAGGGGCUGCAGGCCCUGCGCCGCUCCGACGGCGCCAACCCCUUCCAGGCCCAGCUGGACGCUGACUUGCCGCUGUCGCAGGAGCAGCUGGAGCGCCUCGCCACGCAGCUCAGCCGGGACAUCCUGGCGGCCGCCCACACCCUGCGCCGCCUCUUCCUGGUGGAGGAUCUGGUGGACUCGAUCAAGUUCGCCUUCCUGUUCUACAUCCUCACCUACGUGGGAGCCGUGUUCAACGGGCUGACGCUGCUCAUCCUGGGUAAGGGCGGGCGGGGGAUUCAGGCCAAGCUCCCAAGUGCCAAAGCGAAGCCAGAAUGA